CGACAAUUUGACAUUAAAAACUUUUUUUUUAAAAAUGAUUAAAUUACUUAUCAUUCUUGGAACAUUGGUAAUGACAAUACGUGCCGUACCUGGAUACGGUUAUGGAAGGAUAAUGCCUCCACCAACAUUUGGAUUUGCUGCACCGGCACCAAUGACGAUAUUAGCUGCAGCACCAUCACCAUAUAUGACACAAGCUGCUCCAAUGAUGACUUAUGCUUCAGCUGGGCCAAGUUGUUUAAUGGCAGCUCCACAUAUGCCACAAACAAUGACAAUUUUGACUGCCGCUCCAGCACCGUUCAUGGCACAACAUCCAACACCAACGAUAAUUUUGGCUGCGCCAAUUGCGUUCACCGGAGAAAAACCGUUUCGAUUUAAUACAUUUAGAGGUGGACGAUAUGCAUGAACAUAAAUGAAUUGUUGAAGGUUAAUUGAAA